AUGGAGAACUUCUCACUUCUCACCAUUUCUAGACCGCAAAUCUCUUCCUCUGCCCUGAGUGCUUUUCCUGAUAUCAUGUCCUCACUUGCCACCAGCUUGCCAGACUUGAGGGACAGCCAGAAUGGGGAGCAGCUGAGGCGAAACUGCACCAUCUACCGGCCCUGGUUUUCUCCUUACAGCUACUUCGUAUGUACAGAUAAAGAGAGCCACGUGGAGGCCUAUGGGUUCCCAGAGGUGGACUGGGAAGAGGGCAGAGGGGACAACUGCUUUAUUGAGGAUGUGACUGAGAGUGUCUGCUCAUCUUCCUCCUCCCAAGAGAACACAUUCCCCAGGGAGGCCAACAGGAAAUUCAUGCAUGGGUUGGAGUCUAUUACAUCCCAGGAUAUACUAAUGGCUUCCAAGUGGCACCCGGCCCAACAGAAUGGCUACAAGUGUGCGGCCUGCUGCCGCAUGUACCCCACUUUGCACUCCCUCAAGAGCCACAUCAAGGGGGGCUUCAAGGAGGGUUUCAGCUGCAAGGUGUACUACCGCAAGCUUAAAGCUCUCUGGGGCAAGGAGCAGAAGGCCCGGCCAGGAGACAGGCUCUCCUUGGGUAGUUGCUAG